CCUCUCCCAGAGUGCUCCCCACUCUUUCUACACAUGGUGGGGUGCUAUUUGUAUUUUUCGAGAGUCUGUAUAUUCCCAAAGUGAAUGCUGAGGGUUAUAGACUCCUGUCCUGUGGUUCCCCCCACUGUGAGCGUGUACACACACACACACACACACACAUGCAUGCACGAACCUUUUCAUAUAAGCCCCCCCCACGAAAGUACCUGAGAUAGGCAUAUGUCCCUUCUCCCUACUGGUCCUGAAAGGAAACAUACUCACAGCUGCCUACUCCUUAGGGCAUGUCUGCCCAGUACACAGGACUAGAGACACUCACCUGGCUUCAUGCACAGUGUCACACCCCAGUGUCACAGCAUACCGACAGCACCCUGCAAGAUUUACCCACACCAUACUCCAACUGCCUGCUCAGAUCUGCCCACAGAAGCACACGGUAGACAGACAUGCAAGCUGUCUGAGCGAGCUCACCCACCCCCUGUCCAUCACAGGUGUGCACACCUGUUUGACUGCACACCCCACUCAUAGCACCCCCUCCACAGCUAUCCCUGAGUACGGGGGUUCCUAUUCAAGCACAGAGAGGCUAAGUAGCUUGCUUCAGGUCACCCAGCUCUAACGAGGUUCUGUCAAGGAUGAAGAACAUAGAGGAUGUCCCUGAAGUCUCCAGUGGCCUGCUAUGGUGUCCCAAAGAACAUUGUGUAUCUUCACUCACCAUAUAUCACCUCUAAUUUCACACACAUGGGCACAUAAAGAGUGUGCAGGGGCUUAGCGUUCUGGUGCUUGGUACAUUUAUAGAGGCAAGGCAGAUCCGUUCAUCAUCCUGCAGCCGUCUUCAGUCAGUCCUGACUUCUCCUUUGUCCCAAUUCCAGCUGCAUCCCUAGAGCCACAAGGGAACACCAUCACCUACAGAUGGUUCCAGGUAGCUUCUGGGUUCAUCCGCAGCUGCGGGCUCUCGGGAGCAUCCUGGGAUAAGCCGAGUUAGUGCCAUCUCAGAGAGGCCCUCAUCUUGAUGGACCCACCCAGGUGGUGAGCAGCUGAGCCCAUGGAGAACAGCUGUCAGUGCUGGCACCAGGACUGAGUGGCUAUGCACACUCAAUAGUUUACAAGGCUGUUAUUAUGUGGAGGUCUCCAGCCUCUGGUGAGGGACCUCUGCGCUACUGAUGAGCAUCCGAGAGGCUCUGAGAGAGCCGGGAGGCUGCCCAAGGUCACUCUGCCCUCCAUGUUCCAGGAUUUCUUGAAAACUGGUGUGUUCCUUUCCAAGACCCCUUCUAGGGCUCUCAGCAGUCAAGGGCAGAUGUAAGGCACCUGCUUGGAGCCAGCAGUCUUGGCCAGAUGCCACCAUAGGGCUCCAUGAGACUGCCAUGUCCCUUCUCUGAGCUUCAUUGCUUUUUCCAUGCAGAGCCUGGGCCCCUAGAGCUCUGGCUCGUGAAUUGGCAAGACCUGCUGGACUAUCGUUGGAAAAGCCCUGCAGGACUUAUGGUGCUGGCAUGGAGUGGGCAUGGCACAGCCUUCUACUCCCCCAGCACUGGAUCCUCCCAUGGGCUUCAGUACCUCCACCUAGGCAGACACCUUGAGAACUCAGGUGUAACCUAAACACAAAAGUCUGUCUCUGAGGCCUUUGACCAAGUUGUUGUUACUCCGCCAGGAACCUUCUUAUUCAACAUCUUAAUUGAGCAGUUAUUAGGUACGAGGAAACCCUGCUUUGACUUGGGGAUACAGAACUACCCAAGAAUCCAAGCCUUGAUCUGCAAGAAACAGAUGUAAAUAAACAAGGCCAUACUGGUUGGAUCAUACCUUGAAGAAAAGGGGGCGUUUUAGAAAAGCAUCUCAUAUGGCGCUCAGAGCUGAGACUCCAGCGAUGAGGAGGAGCUGAGGGAAGAGUCUGCAGGAGGAAAAGGAUAGGGAGGACACAGCCGAGGUGGAGGGUGAGGGGAGAUGAGGUGAGCCUGCAGAAAAUGCUUCUCUCCCAGGCCCCAGCGCUGCAGGCUGUACUGAGCACUGAGGCCCAGGUUUGGCUUCUCUCCUGCUUCUGAUGGGAAGGAGGCCCUGGGGCUGCCCAUUGGGAUGGGAAGUAAUGACAGUCUUGCUGGAAAUUCUGAAGGCAAAGAGGUCUUGGGGACCAAGGAGACCCAAGGGGAAGAAGAGGAAGAGGAAGCCACAUCACCUAUUUCCAGUUCCAAUCCUUUCCCCAGCCCUUCUCCCACACCGGAGGACACCAUCAGUUACAUCUUGGGCCGCUUGUCCGGCCUGGAUGCAGGCCUACACCAAUUACAUAUUCGUCUGCACACUUUGGACACCCGUGUGGUCCAGCUGACCCAGGGACUGCGGCAGCUGAGAGAUGCUACAAGUGAUACCCACGACUCCGUGCAAGCCCUAAAGGAGGCACAGGUCCGGGCUGAGCAGGAGCACGGCCGCCUGGAGGGCUGUCUGAAGGGCAUGCGCUUGGGCCACAAGUGCUUCUUGCUCUCGCGGGACUUCGAGACCCAGGAAGCCGCGCAGGCGCGGUGCAAGGCGCGGGGCGGUAACCUAGCGCAGCCGGCAGACCGCCAGCAAAUGGAUGCGCUAGGCCGGUACUUGCGCGCUUCGCUCGCCCCUUACAACUGGCCGGUGUGGCUGGGCGUGAACGACCGGCGCUCGGAAGGGCUCUACCUUUUCGAGAACGGACAGCGCGUGUCCUUCUUCGCCUGGCACCGCGCGCCCAGCCCGGAGCCUGGCGCCCAUCCUAUCGCGGCAUCACAUCCACUCAGCCCGGAUCAGCCCAAUGGCGGCGUCCUGGAGAACUGCGUGGCGCAGGCCUCAGACGACGGUUCCUGGUGGGACCAUGACUGUGAGCGGCGCCUGUACUUCGUCUGCGAGUACCCUUUCUAGAGAGCCAGUCCUUGCCUCAGAGCUCUUAAGACAUUCUGCUCCGUGUACCCUGCUGUCUGGGGUCGCUCAGAGGUUUACAAUAACCAUGAAUAAAUUUUAAUAAGAAAAGGCUUUUUAUUUUAGAUAUUGGCACUCAGGGUGGUUGAGGCCAGGUGUGCCGUCGAGAGAACUCCAAAGAUGCAGCCCCUAGCCGUAUCAGCCCAGAGCUUAGAAAGGCAAACUCCACAAGAUUGCACGUAGUGCCUACGUGUAGAGCAGGGGCUUAUUUGCAGUCGUCCUGGUCAUCUUUUGAGUAGACUAAGCAAGUUUGAUUACAAAAGCAGAAGUAGCAGUCUUACUGUCUUGCUAAAACAGCACAUUUUACAAAAUCGGUCAUUUAAGAAGAGUCUCACAUCUGGGGUCGGGAUAAGGGAAGUGGGCUGACAGGAGCUCAUCGUGUUAGAGCCACUCUCUGCUUUUGGUCUCUCAGGCAGACAGAGUAAGUCUAAACUUUUCAGUGUAAUGUUCACCACCACACCUACAUCGUGCGCCCUGAGCCCCACGCUGUAUGCCUUGCGCUUUGCACCCUAUACAGUGCUCCAUGCAUCUUGAACCUUCCUUGGGCCCCGAAGUGCCACCAAUCCUGGAUGGUUGGGCUCCCCUGAGACAUAGCCUAUGCAGCCUCCCCAUGUCCCCAUCUGUCCUCGAAGCUUCAAGCUCCCAGCUAAGCUCAGUGCCAAUAAACCCUUCCAUAAUAUAAUUUGAGGAACUAUGGAGACAUCUGACUUUUAUUUUGCCUGGGGAGAAUCAGGAAGUACCAGACCCUGACUUUGGAUACUUGUACUUGUCUUUUUAAAAUACAGAAUGUUGGAGAGCACAUGCGCACAGGAACACGUAGAUGUGCACAGAUGUUUGGUGUACUCAUGCACCCAUGCAGAUGCCAACAUGCCCAGCAUGCUUCCUCAGGGGCCUUUAGGACCUGAGCCCUGUCACUGCUCCUCAGCAGAGAGAUAAAGUGUGCUCUAGGUCCUGCCGUUUAAUCUUGUCUUGUGUUGACCAGGGUUCUCAGACCUGCUUUCCCUGAGCAUCGAUUCAUCAAGCCCAUUCCAGAGAGGAGAGACAUCCACUCCAACCUUACGUCUCACAACUUCCAGAGCAUGCGGUCAGACACUGGGAACACUCGGGUUCCCUCAGUUACUUCCUAUCCGAGAAGCUAGGUCAGUCUUCCCCUCUUGGAGCCCAGGUCUCAUGCAGGUCCUCUAGCAAGCCCCACCUUCUCCUUCCAUGUGGUGUUGGCCUACAUUUCCCAGUAUGCCUGAGGACCAUAGAUCAGCUGUCUCCAACAAAAACUGAAUUCUCUCCAUCCACCGGGCUUGCCCCAUGCACCUAGGGAAAUGUAGUCCAGUCCCUGGAUGGUUGCAUAAUAAUACCUUUCCACCAAGAGUUCAAACAAAUAAACAAAAAAUUGGAAAACUUGUGAAUUUUCAUUGACAGAUGCAAACAACUUUUUAAAAGUGAAAUUGCUUCAUAUUAAAUAUAUACAUAUGUGUAGGAAAUGGUUAAGAAAAUUUGGGUGUUAACUAUUGAUCCCAAGGAUUUGAGGAGAAAGAUCACCAUCCUAAAUCAUGGCUGAAUUAAUAAAAGUAAACAAGCAAUUAAAGCAAGUCUUUAUUUGUGUACACCAGCUGCCUCCCCCUAAGGUAGGGUUCGAGAGUUCAGGAAUUGAAUGUGAGGAAGGACAAGGUUUUUAUAGCUGAGGGGUUUUCAAAUGUGGGAUCUGGUGGGCAGAAUGGGUGGGGUUACAGGAACAGAUCAUAGCAUGACGAGUUAGUCAUAAUGACCUGAAACAAAGACAGGUUGCAAGGGGCAAGGUGGUCCUAAUAAGGUAGUCAUGGCAACAGUGGAAACAAAGGUAGAGUUGCAAGAUGGUUAUGAAAAACCUUUUGAAACAAAGACAUGGUUGCCAUUUCCUGGAACUGGCAGUACAGAACCCUUUGUAGUUAAGGUUGCAGGGAGGGCAUAGCCCAAUCCAUGAAAAACAGAGUUCAUUCAUAAACAGGAACAAGCCCAGUUUAUCUUCACUAUAAAGUGGAUUUUAAACCUAAGAUGGAGGCAGGCUGGCUAUUUCUUUACAACAUUACUGAGUAGGAUAUUAAAAACACACGAAAAUUCUUUUCAGCCAGAAGUGGAGGCUGAUACCUGCAGUCCCAUCUUUUGGGAAGACAGGAGGCAGGGCCUAGGGUUUUGGGGCAGCCUGGAUUUUAGAAUGAACCCCUGUCUGGACAAAGAAAAAAACAAAAACCAAUCAAACAAAUACCACAAACCCAAAACAAACAGAUUGAAGAGAGCUAGGAAGAUGCUCAGUCAGCAAAGUGUUUGUUCUAUAAAUGUGAGGACCUGAGCUUUUAUCCUCAGCACCAUGAAAAGGCCCGGCCCGGCAGAGAGUGUCUGCAACCCCAGAGCCGGGAAACAGAGAGAGAAGAUGGAGCAGGUGGAUCUGGUGCUCCACUGGCCAGCCAGCCUACCCAGCCAUGUUCAGUGACCCUGUCUCAAAGUAUUGGGAGGAGAAGUGAUGAAGGAAGUCACUUGAUGUCCACCUGAAAUGGGAUGGGGGCAAUAUUCUUUUAAAAUAUUUUUCACCUGCUAGUGGGAGUUAAACCCAGAGCCUCCUACACGCUAGGCAAGCACACUACCACUAAACUGGACUCCAGCCCUCAAAAAUUUUAUUUUGCUUGGAAAGUAAUUGCUAAUGCUACACCACAACAGUUUAAAAAGUGACAAGAAACUAAGAUACAUCUUUUUAUUUAAAAAAAUUUCAGGGCCAAGGUGUAGAGAGGAAGAAAUAGGGAAGGAGGGAGCAAGGCCCAAUAGAGGAGAGCUGAGCAUGGUCAACUGUGUGAAGCCUCGCUCUUCUGAGGUCAAAGGCAGUCUCUAUGUCUUCUGAAGUUUAAGGGAACAAGGGCCUGAGGGAGCUGAAGUGUAAAAUAAAGAUCCAUCCCAUUGUUUUGAAGUAUUGGAGUGAAGGGUGAUGCGGGAUUUCCUUCUAUAUAUGUUCUGCUUUUAUUGGCUGAUGAAUAAAACUGUAUAGGCCA